AUGGCCCAGCGAGUCACCCUCCGCAAGCGCACCCCCUACAACACCAAGUCUAACCGACGACGCAUCGUCAAGACUCCCGGUGGCCGUCUUGUGUACCAUCACACGCACAAGCUCCCCACCUCGCCCAAGUGCGGCGACUGCCACACCGCCCUGCCCGGUGUCAAGUCGCUCCGCCCGCGCGAGUACGCCACCGUCUCCAAGAGGUUGAAGACGGUCCAGAGGGCCUACGGCGGCAGCCGCUGCGCCAACUGCGUCCGCACCCGCGUCAUCCGUGCGUUCCUUGUUGAGGAGGCCAAGAUUGUCAAGAACGUCAUCAAGGCCCAGGCUGCCAAGGCCAAGUAA